CCCCUGACCUUUGAGAAUGGAGAAUUCUGGAACUUGAGGAAAUCGUUUUACGUUCCCAGCUACAAAGGAAAAAGAUGGUUACCCACCACCGCGGCAACACCUCUAAGUCUUAUUUCCCCACUGUCCGUCUUCAGAUUCUGAAUUUUCUCCCUUUGUUUCUCUGGUGAGAGUUUGUAAGCACUGACUGCCAUUCUGAAAGAAAGUAUACUGUCCUAAUCCUGCAAGUCAACGUUCCUUCUGUAGGUUUGAGUCAACACCUGUCAGUCAUCUUCGUAAUACCGGCUUGGAUACCUAAAGCUGCGGGGAAAAAGAAUCAGGAGAACUUUCAGGACGAGACUGUAUCCAACAUUUCAGAUAUGGCAGAAACGAAGUCGAUGUUCCGGGAAGUUCUUCCAAAACAAGGGCAGCUGUAUGUAGAAGAUAUAACCACAAUGGUGCUAUGUAAACCCAAACUUUUACCAUUAAAAUCUCUGACUCUUGAAAAACUGGAGAAAAUGCAACAAGCAGCACAGGAUACAAUUCGCCAACAGGAAAUGACAGAAAAGGAACAGAAAAUAACUCACUGAACAAUGGUAUCAAAACAUAAAACCCUAAAAUGGAAAUUAAUAAGGACUUGAAAGAGCCCAUGAAGUAAAAUGAACAUAAAUUUGGAAGUUUUAUUUCUAAAAGACUGUAGCUAGACCUGUAAUGGGUAUAUAUUCCUAGGAAAACCUUUGUAAAUUCUGAAUAUAAUUUCUUGGUUGGUUUGCUGCAGUUGGUAAUAGACAAUUUAAAUUAGUAUGGACCUUUAGGCCUUGCUGAGUAAUUAGGCUCUGCAAAAGAGGUUAGAAAUGUGAUCUUCCCUUAGAUUACUGUUAUCAGUAACUACUGUUUUCUCAUACACUGACUAAAUGUAAAACUUUUGAGUCUUUGAAGAAUAAUUUUUGUAACUACAAACACUACUUGGUAAUAGAACUUAAUGAUGAAAGGUAUAUACAUUUAGAAAUUUCAUUAAGUUCUAGAUAAGAUAAAAAACAAGGAAGUGUGCAAGUAUUUCCCAAGUAUAAUAUCAAAAUAAUUUAUUUACUACUGUACUCUUGUUUUAAAAGUUUGCCAGGAGCAAAGUUUAACUAGGUUCAAAUAUGAUUUAAAAUUUGCUGUGGGAAAUAAGUUUUUUAAAAGAUCUAAAAUAAAUGCACUCCAAAUAAUCAACACUGCUUCACAUGUUUUAUUUUGUCAUACAUUCUUCUAGAACUGGGUUCAUUUUUCCAGUUUUGUAGAAAAAUAGAUGUUCCAGCCACCAUUUACUUAACUGUCUAGUCUUUAAGACCAAGCAAUAUGUUUUCUGGAAAGAUGAAUAAGUCUCACAACUAGCUCAUUUUUUAAAAAUUCUUUAAAACAAAGAAAUAACUUUUCUUUUUUUUUUUUUUAACUCCCAAAGCACAGUAUUUCAACAGCAGCAGCCAACAUGGGGUUUUAGCAGCUUAACUUGACCCCCUAAAUAAAGCUUUGUAUAAACCAGUGAUUUUACUACAAAAACACUGUCCUUGAAAGAAAGGAGUGGCAGUCAGACAUCAAUGCAAAACUUGGAAUGAUUAGGUCAUAAACAUGGCACUUACAAAAGGUAGCUUAUGAGAAUAUCCCACUUAAGAAGUGGUUGCUUUUCUGUCCCUCCUUUACACCCUCAAAUUAAAAAAAAAAAACAGAAAAGAAAGAAAAAGAAAAAAAACACUUCCUUUAAAAAUUUGAGACAUGCCUUGUACCCAAAACAAGUGCUUUAAAAAAAAAAAAAAGAAAAAAACCUGUGCUAACAACUCUUACAAUU